AUGACCGACAAACAGGGCGAUGCGCGUGCUACAUUGUCUUUCGCUCCGUCUGAUUCUUCCUCACGCCUUACUCCAACUGUGUCCGGAGAAAAUACUAGGACGUCGUCGGGGACGGUGCGUCUGUCAAGAAUGACCUCCCAAACCCGAAGCUACGGUACCUUGGAUACGCCUGUGAGAUCGACUGUUGAUCCCCAAUUCACCGAGAGUCAAGCUGAGAGCUCGAGUCGCGUCCCAUUGCCCGGGUCGCCGUCAAUCGCCCCGCUACAAAUGGAUGGGGACAAGUUGAGGAAGCCGCCUGUAACGCGCCGGAUGUCAUCUAAACGCCACAUACCCCAUAAAGGUCAGGAGUUCUCUACAGAUGAUGAUGUCCACGAGAUCGAGGAGGAUAUCGCUCUACAGGCGUCUACUACCCAACCUUCGCCUAGAAUAGGGCCAGUGCGGAAGCAAAGCUCUUUAAGACGAAGGUUGAACCCCCGGGUAAAUCCAUUUGCAUCUCCCGGCAACGAUGAUGAUAACGAGGACGAGUACGAUGACGAUAUUGGCCUGCCAGAACCAAGCCUGGACGCAAGCGGGAAAGAUUCAUCUUCGCAACUCCCUGACGACGAUGACGACGAUGAUGACGAGAGAAUGAACGAUGAGGAGGCAGAGGAUGAUGAGACGAGUGACGCCGAGAGCUUUACGCUUAAGGAUCGCCAGCAGGCCAUAAAUGAGACUCACCCGUUUGGAAUCCGGUUAUGGAAACCAGCUCUCUACAAGAAAAGUCGCUCGGUAGAGAAGACUGCAGAGGGCGACAUCCAUUCGUCGCCGGGAGGUAGGGUCAGCACCCUUUUAUUCUUGAUGAAUCUCCUGUGGACGUUAUUUUUCGGCUGGUGGCUUGCGAUUGCCGCAUUACUGGGCGCUAUUGCUUGUUUCAUAUUCUCAUAUUCUACCAGUGCAGUAGAAUACGGCAAGGCCUUUUCCGGUCUUUCGUGGUACUUGUUUUACCCCUUCGGCUCCUUCGUUCGCCUUGAUACAGAUGAACACUAUGCCGAUGAGGAUGAGGGAGAAGGCCGCAGCAUUAGUGAGUAUGCGCAGUGGCAAAGCGGCGAUCUCGAGAACGGCGGGUUGUUUUUUGGACCCCCUCGCAACCGGUCACUUGUGGGACGGAGAAGGAAUAGUGUUGAUUCGGCCGGGGAGCAAGACAGUCUCUUGGGCCGCGCACCAAGAGCGGGCUCUGAAGACAGCUCUCUCCGCCCCAAACGCCGUCUGUUUGGCCGUGGGGAGUGGACACUGGGGCGCGUUGUAUUCUUCGUUUUCUUCUACUUCCUUGUAGGGCCACUGAUGCUUCUCGUCUCGCUCAUCUGUUGGCUACUCGUUUUCUGGAUUCCAAUGGGCCGUGUGACGCUUAUCCUCUUUGACCAUCUUCGCAGGCAUCCUUUAGCUCUAUCGUACCAUUCUGAUAUGACAUUUACCCGAAUCAGUCCCGGAUCUUCGGCUUCAGUUCUCCUAUGCACCUAUCGUGCAGCCGGUUUGAGGUAUUGGAAGUAUACGGUUGGUGGCACAAAUGUCUUCCUUAUCAACUUACUCGCCGUUGUUGUGUUCGUGGUCUUUGACUACUUCCUCUUGAGGGAGGCCCUUGGUCUUCAUAUUUGGAUCACCCAUCCUGGCCUCAUAUUUACGCUUGCUCUGCUCUCCGUCAUUCCUUUGGCUUAUUUCAUUGGCCAGGCUGUUGCGUCCAUUUCUGCGCAGUCUUCGAUGGGCAUGGGUGCCGCCGUGAACGCGUUCUUUUCGACCGUGGUUGAGGUCUAUCUUUACUGCGUUGCCUUGACUGAGGGUAAAGGUCGCCUUGUUGAAGGGAGUAUCGUCGGCAGUAUAUUUGCUGGUAUUCUGUUCUUACCGGGGUUGUCUAUGUGCUUUGGUGCCAUCAAGCGCAAAACCCAACGCUUCAACGUCAAGUCUGCGGGAGUCACGUCAACAAUGUUACUCUUCGCUGUUAUCGCCGCCUUCGGUCCCACCUUAUUCUACCAGGUUUAUGGAAGCCAUGAACUCAAUUGUCACGCGUGUGAGAGCGACAUGGAACCUGGUAGCAGUGACUGCCGUCGUUGCUACUUCUCCCAGGUACCAGCCAUUAAUGAUGGCUUCUUUCAGAAAGCUGUUCAGCCGUAUUCGUGGAUCGCCGCCAUUUUCCUAUUCUUAUCUUACGUUAUUGGGCUGUGGUUCACCCUGCGAACGCACGCCGCCCUUAUUUGGGCCACAGAAAUUGAUGAGAAAAAAGCUGCACCUCUCACUCAAGAGCAAAGUACAGAUGAUUCAAGGCACGAGUUCUUCUCGGCUACUCACUUGGCAGCUUCUAGUGGAAAUACUGGGUCACGAAAUUCGGUUCGAGAUUCGCAACUGUAUAGGAGGAUACUAGGACAAUCUCUAAGAGACGUUGGGCUGACUGAAAAUGCUGGUGAGUACGAUACAAACCAGCCUGAAUAUGAUCCUCCGCGUGGUAACAGCACGACGCCAUAUCUUGUACCCCGAAAAGAAGGAAACGACAACCAGUCGCCUUUUACAGAGUAUACUGGGUUUUCCGGGGAGCAGAACGAAAAUCUUGUUCGGAAAGUAACCGAGGUGGCGGCUACCGCUGCUACUGUUGCCGCCCGGGAUGUCGCUCGAACCCGCAAGCUGUCAGGACCUCGCGGACUAGCCCGCCCAGGCACAAAAUCCGCCCUUUCGAAACAAGUCAAACCGAUUCUAGAAGACCAUGACGAUGUUGGGCUCGAGCAAAGCCCUACUACUUCCGGCGGACAUGACGCCCCGAACUGGAGUAGAACGAAGUCUUCGGUUAUCCUCCUCGUAGCCACUGUUUUCUAUGCAGUGAUCGCCGAGAUCCUCGUCAACACUGUUGACGUUGUAUUGGAGAGUGUCGAUGUCGAUGAGAAGUUUCUGGGCAUCACAUUGUUUGCGCUGGUGCCCAACACGACAGAAUUCUUGAACGCCAUCUCGUUCGCCAUGAAUGGCAAUAUUGCACUGUCUAUGGAGAUCGGAUCCGCCUAUGCGCUACAGGUUUGCCUUCUACAGAUACCCGCCCUCGUAUUGUUCAGUGCCUUCUACGCCCGCGCUUUGGACCCAGAACAUUUGAUUACACACUCAUUCAAUCUAAUUUUCGCGCAAUGGGAUAUGAUCACAGUCAUCCUUUGCGUAUUCCUCCUCUCUUACGUGUACGGUGAAGGCAAAAGCAAUUAUUUCAAGGGCUCGGUUCUUGUCCUCACCUACCUUGUCGUCGUGAGCGGCUUCUUUCUCUCUGGCUACAGUAACAUGGAUACGAUGGGUGUUGAUCGCUUUGACACAUUGGCCCUGGGCGGCAGGUCUGAGAAUCGGUAG